GAGAACUAGUACGGAGUAAUAAUUGAGUCACCAUAUUCCAAAUAUACUCAAAACUGUAAUCAAAUGAAAUAUCUCAUCCUCUUGAAAUGGUGGAAAUGCAUCUGAAUUCUGUGGCCUUUGCUACGAAAAACUGAAUAGAGAAAAGCGCCACUGUUCUUCAAUUCGCCCUUCACUGUAGUAAACCCUAAAUUCGCCAAACCACAUCCUAAAUCAUUUGUUGUCAAAAUGGUCGACGAGGAGAAUAAGGUUCCCGCCGCCGCCGCCGCCAGUAGAGGAUCCAACAAACGGGCUUUUGAUUCCAUAGCCAUAACCAAUGAAAAUGAUCCACUGCAAAUUUCAGAGAGACCAUACCCCGCGAACAAGAAAAGGGUUGUUUUGGGGGAGCUUAACAACUUGGGCAAUGUUAUAGUAUCGACUCAAAAUUCAGAUUUGACAGAAACCCACGACUCCAAACGCAAAAUCAAGUUGAGAAAAACUUCAACCAGAAAUGUAGUUAAAGAAACUGUCGAACUCGAGACUAGUGCUAAUUCUAGUCAUAAAGAUAAUCUGCAGAAAUGUUCUUAUGGUCCUCUUAUUUAUCAGCAUCUUCACUCCUUGGAGGUUGAGGAAAGGAGGAGGCCUUUGUCUAACUACAUGGAGAAGGUUCAGAAUAACGUGAUUCCUUCUAUGCGUACGGUUUUAGUUGAUUGGUUGGUGGAGGUUACAGAAGAAUACAAACUUGUUUCAGACACCCUGUAUCUUGCAGUGUCAUACAUCGACAGAUUUUUGUCUUCUCACGUUUUAGCCAUGGAAAAGCUUCAGCUUCUCGGUGUAUCUUGCAUGCUUGUUGCAUCAAAGUAUGAAGAGAUCAGUCCGCCUCAUGUUGAAGAUUUUUGUUACAUUACAGACAAUACAUACACCAGAGAAGAGGUAGUGAAUAUGGAGAGAGAUUUGCUCAGUUUUCUGAAUUUUGAGAUCAGUAGUCCCACCACAAUAACAUUUCUCAGAAUCUUUAUGAAGGCUGCCCAAGAUAAUUUAUCUUUUUUAACUUUGCAAUUUGAGUUCUUAAGCUGUUAUCUCGCGGAACUGAGUUUGUUAGAUUAUAGUUGUGUGCGGUUCUUGCCAUCAAUGACUGCUGCUUCAGCUAUCUUUCUAUCAAGGUUUACUGUGUUGCCUGAAGUCUGCCCAUGGACUUUUGCACUUCAACAAUGUACAGGUUAUAAACCAUCUGAACUGAAGGAUUGUGUUCUCGUUAUCCAUGAGUUGCAAUCUAGUUUAAUGGAAACAACUGGGCGGGCAUUAAGAGAAAAAUAUAUGAAUCACAAGUACAAGUGCGUGGCUGCAUUGCAUCCUCCAGAUAUUCCUUCUUGUUUUUUUGAUGAUGCUUGAACAAGAUGCUCAAGCUAAUUUCGAGCUGCCCCAAAGAUAGUUCACCAAGCAAUAUACUGUACUGGAUUUGCCCAGCAGAACGCCAGGUCUUCAUUUGAAUUUUUCCAUCGCUGUCAACAGACAACUUCUGGUUGUUUUCCCUGGCUAGGGAUGUCAGGAUUUCUUAGCUCCAGAAAAGACACAUACAUGAAAAAUCAUUCUUCUCGAAUGGGUUGGGAUAAUGAUGUAUUAUAUAUAGAUUAUGUUCUAGCAGGAUGGGUCUAUAUCCUGAUGUUUCAAACAUGGAAAUGGGAAAAUUUGUAAAUCUUGUUUCUUAGAAGUUAAGCUGGAUACUGUGCAUAGCUUGCUUGUUUCUUCGUUCUGCAUUUGGCCCUUUGCCAAUUCAUUUACCAAUCUAUAAAUAUAUUUAUGUUUUCUCAAUCUA